AGUCAGCUGAUCAGACGAUUCAAAAGGCGCUUUACUCGCUUUUGCGCCAUUCUUCGCGACGACUGAGCUGAUCCAGCGCUUUGACGCUCGCAUCACACCGCAUUAGAGCGAUGCGAUGGAGCUCUAGAGCGAUCGCUUCCAUGUCGCAAUCCUAGGGCUUCAACGACUAACGGGGUUUUUGUUUUAGGGUUCUUCGCGGGGGAAUGGAGGAGGAGCGCCUUGAGCGCUUCUCGCGCUGGUCCCAGGAGCACGGAAUCCAGUUCCGCGGCUGCGCGAUCAAACGCGGCAGCGAUGCCGAGGGAUUUGGGCUUUACACCCAAAACGAUAGCGCGAGAGAUGUUCUCGUAGUAACGCCGCUCGAUCUGGCGCUCACACCGGUGACAAUUGUGAAAGAUCCAGUCCUGGGAAAUGUAUACCGGGAGAUGCUCGGCAAUGAGAUUGACGAUCGCUUGCUGGUAAUGAUUUUCCUGAUCAUAGAGCGUGCACGAGGGAGAGCCUCGUUCUGGGCACCAUAUCUUGAAAUGCUGCCAUCCGGCUUUGGUACUCCGCUCUGGUUCGAAGACGAAGAACUCAUGGAGCUGGACGGUACAACACUGUUCGAGGCCACCAAAGCCCAGCUUAAGUCCUUGAGGAGACUGUUUCUAAAGGUAAAAGAAUGUACUGAAGCAGCGAUGUCUUCCAUCGGUCUACAUAGGGAGCUUGAAUUCCAGGAAUUUCUAUGGGCCAAUUGUAUUUUCUGGACAAGGGCACUGAACAUCCCGUGUCCGGCAUCGUUUGUUACCUCGUCAUCACCGGAAGUUGCAAAGGACGACGGCAACAGGUUAGUUGCAAAAGAUGUAAGCACGAUUUGGAUUGAAGGUCUCGUCCCGGGAAUUGACUUCUGCAACCAUACACGCAGAGCAUCUGGGCUUUGGGAAAUCGAUGGGAGUGACGGUUCUACGUCAGGAGUUCCUCACUCAAUGUACCUGAUAGCUGGUUCAGAUGUGGUUUUCCCACCCGGCUCAGAAGUUCUUAUCAACUACGGAGACAAAGGGAAUGAGGAACUACUUUUCCUGUAUGGCUUUGUGGAAGAGGACAAUUCCAACGAUUAUGUGAUGGUCCACUUUCCAAAGAUGUUUCUGGAUGAAGACAACACUAUGGAUUUUAAAUUGCAGCUACUUCGUGAACUGGACCUCUCAUUGCAAUGGCUUUUACCAUCGUCACUACUGGCGAGUGGUUUUCUUCGGAAGAAUCCAGAUGACAAAGCAACCAGGACACAUCCGGGAUUUAGUUGGAGUGGACACCGCAAGGCACCGUCGUACUUAGAUUGUUUAGUCUUCCCAGAAGACAUGGUGUUAUCAUUAAGGGUGCUGUCUAUGCCAGAAACUGCUUUGCACGGCGUUGCCAACCUUCUUGAGCAGAUUUCUCACGUUCCUUCGAAAGACGACAUCCAGGCAGCGGUAUGGGAGGUUUGUGGAGACGCCGAGGCAUUAACUUUGCUGGUGACAAUACUCUCUGCCAAAAUGGCCGACCUUGUUCGAGGAACUGGACCCGAGUCACGAGACGAGGAGCUUCUGGAACGUGACAGGCGUUGCAAGGAGCAGGGCACUGUCGAUGACACAGGCUUUCUCUCGCAGAACCAUCGAGCCUGUGUAAUUUACAGAAAGAGUCAGAAGCGCUUGGUAAGCAGUUUCUUACAGGAAGCUAAACUUGCCUUGGAAGCCUGCCUGGCAGAAAGAAUAGAGACUUGACUUCAGAUUUAAACACAGAACAGGGUUGAAAGCCACCAGUUAUGGUCCACUCCACUCGCAGACAAGCUCGUCUAUCAUUGUCCGCAGAAUGCUGCUCUCAACGUCCUCGGCAAUCAGCUCCACUUGCCCGUUCCAAUCCAUCCACUUUCCAGCACCAACACUCAUGUCCUUCUCAACGAGCUCAUCAGUUGACAGCGUUUCCAUCGACUUCCAGUCACUUAUUUGUUGCUGAACCUCUGCACCAACCUGUGGCAUCCCGACUCCAGCCAACCUCACCGAUCCUACGCCUAGUCGAAGAGCAACUUACGAGCUUGCAGCGAGCCUCGUCCAUGAGAUUUGGAAGUCAUCGUCGUCUCUAUGAUGCUGAAAACCCGGGAAGCGACUGGACUAUCUUGGCUAAGCCACCUUCUAGUUGCUGCUACGACUGCUGGCGAGCUCAGCAACUUCUCCUCCUGGUCACAUAAAAGCUGACUCGUCCUAAGAACGUCGUCGAUGUAGGCUGUCUCUUCCUCGAAAGAGUGCCUGCUACUUGCGGUGGAGUCGCUUAUUCCGAUGGAAGAGAGGUCGAUGCAGCGGAUUCGUGAUAUGUCCAGGAUGGCGCUGAGAAUGCUGUCACUGCCCGUGGAACUGGUGAGUCUUCGCCACCACUGUCCAACGGUGACGAGUGCAUCUCGUCGACAAACGGUGGCUCGAGCACCGAAACUGGACUGGGCUGUCCACCCUCCGAUCGAGAUGACCGGCUGCACUCAUAGUUCCCGCAAUUCGAGUUUGUCGGAGAGCUCCCGCUUCCUUCCGACCGAGCCACGCUGCUACUAUCGUCCGAGAGCAGCUCCUCACAAAACUGUCGUGGAGCAAUCAAGCACAAAGUCAGGCCGGAAGAACACGAGGAAAGAGAAAACAACAAGAGCCACACUCACCCGGGGAGGAGUAACACCAGCGCAAGAAGACGAUGCCACCGAGGACAAAGAAAUAUCAUCAGCUAGGCCUUGUCUCGAGCUCAACGAAGAAGCGGAAGCUUUCCUCCCAACGGAUUGAAAGCUCCGCGCAGCUUGCUUGGUGGUUCCAGCGCCGAUGUUCCGUGAUCUUCUCAGCAAUGCGCGCAUUAAAGACGACGAUGCCUCACUUUUGCUCGGCCUCGCCGUGCCACUCGUCGCACUCGUGCUGCUGUGAUCCUUGCCACUUCCGUCGCUGCUGCUGCCUGUUUGUGGUGUAGCUCAGGAUUCCAUGGCUGCUACUGGUGGAGUUCUUCAUUGUGACCAACUUUGCAGUGGGAGAAAACGACGCUCUCUGGGCCUCCGGAUUUCAGACCAUCCCAAUCCUCCACCACCUUCGUGCUGCUGCUGGAGUCCCAGGUCCGACUUACUCCGAACCAAGUUUCCACCAUCGCUGACCUUGUUCUUCGUCGACUUUGACACCGAUGAUGACGACGAAGAGUUCGAGCUCAAGCGAUCGCUGCUGGAGCUGAAACCACCGAACCUUUGCCGGAUGCUCUCGGAGAUCUUGGCCAGCCUUCUGGAAGUUGACGACGACGAGGAGCCGAGAGUUGGCUCGGAUGAGCUCCGGUUCAGCGACAACUUCCUCCGGCUCGAGGGCUUCUUGUCCGCGGUGCCCGUGUCCAAAUUCUGGUGCUGCGGUGGACGAUGAUCAUCGGUCGGCAAGACCUUCACGGCAGCCUCCGCUACCAGGCCACGCUUCUUCUUUGACGGGCUCUUGAUCGGAGCUCGCGGAGUAGCAGCGGCUCUUUGAUCCUCAGGAGCUCCUGGAGCUGGAGCUGCUGCCUCUCUCCUCCUCCUCCAUUCUCGCGGAGGAUCAUCACUGGCGGCGAGCGACCAUCGCUACCACUACUGCUACUUACUGCUGAGAGAUCCUUGAUUUUGGCGCCCACUGGCAGCGAAUCCAAGCCCAUCAGCCUCGCCACCACAUUGGGCUCGUGGAUCGCCGCGUCAUCGAAGCUAGAAUUCAGAGAUUCUUCCUCUGGAGCUCCCUGAUCACAAAACGAAAAGGUCCUGUCACUCAAAUGGGAAUGGAAUAAAAAGAGGGGUCUUUACCAAAA